AUGCUACGAAACUUGCUUUUCAGUGUGUUAGUACUUCAGGCUCUUCACGACUUCAGAGCGACGAGUUGUGAUCCACUAACGGGAAAUGUCGACAACAUGGUUCCCGCCCAAGAUACUUACGCUUUAAACGAUCAAGCCACAGUAACGUGCCUAACGAACUAUAUAGUUUCCUGGGCAGCAUCUGCAGCUGAUAACAGUGCAGAGAUAAAAUGUGGAGCUGGUGAUUCAUGGGCUCCUGAGCCCUUGGUAGAUAGUUUUAGUGAUGCUGUUGAAUGUGUUGAAUGUAAUAGUGCUGUGUCCUGUACGGACGGAACGUGCAACGCUGGAGUGUGCGAAUGUAAUGACGGUUAUGAGAAGUCUGAUAUUAGCGAUCCAAGAUUAUGCACCCUUGUAAUUCAGUGUCCUGCACUUACUCUCACCAAUCAAGCUGCUGAUGUCACUGGACCAUAUGACCCAACCACUACAGUCACUGUUACGUGUAGUGCAGGAUAUUUUGUCGAAGGAGCAGCUGACACUGAUACAGUACAAACUGUAACAUGUAACCAAGGGGGAGCUUUUGAUGUAGACCUAGCGCCGUGUGUUGCAUGUGCUGACGGCAUAUCAGACUGUACGGACGGAACAUGCAACGCUGGAGUGUGCGAAUGUAAUGAUGGUUAUGAGAAGUCUGUUAUUAGCGAUCCAAGAUUAUGCACCCUAAUUCAGUGUCCUGCACUGACUGGUCUCACCGACCAGACUGUUGAUGCCACUGGACCGUACGAUUAUAACACUCAGGUAACUGUCACGUGUGCAGAUGGAUACUAUGUCGGAGAAGUUGGUACUAAAGAUCAAAUAUUAACUUGUGGUAGUUCGGGUGAUUUGGAACCAGCCCUUGAGGCGUGUGUUGAGAUUCCAGAGUGUGACGUAUUAACCACUGAUGUAAAUGUGGUUGAAAUGUCCCCCUUUAGUUCCGAUUUCACUUACAGCGAUGGUGCUAGUGCAGCAAUCACUUGUUCUGAGAACUACAUUAUUUCCUGGGCUACAUCUAUAAAUGAUAACAAAGGGAAAGUUGAAUGUGAUGCUGGUAGUUUUGUUCCUGAUCCCGUAGAUGGAUUCGCUGGUACAGUUGGAUGUGUGGCCUGUAUUGACAGUGUAGCGGAAUGUGUAGAUGGAACAUGCACAGAUGGAGUGUGUGUAUGUGAAGCCAACCAUGAGACGCCUAACGAUAAUCCAAGACUGUGUACUAUUAUUCAGUGCGAUUUCAAGUCUCUCUCCAAUCAAGAAGCUAGUGCGGAAGGACCGUAUGAUGUAGACGCUGUGGUCACUGUCACAUGUACAGAUGGAUAUCAUGUCUCAGGAGGACCUAAAGAUGUGGAUGUACAAACAUUGACCUGUGCAAACACAGGAUAUUUUGACGAACCCCUUAUGCCGUGUGUCGGUGAGUGA